AUGGGGGACGCCCAAGGUAACCGCUCCACAGCCCUGGCAGCGAGUGGAUUUGAGCUGCUCCACCUGACCGGGUCUCUGUGCUUUCCCGUAUGUCGCCCUGGCCUCUACCGUGCCCCGGAGAGGGGCCUUGUUCAUCUCUUCGCAGUUAGCUCUGGCUUCAGUUCUGACCUGGGCCUGGGGACGGAGAGGGCACUUGAGGAGAGGCCCAUGCUGCUGCCCGUCCCCGGCACCCCAGAUGGCCGCCUAAUAGUCCCAUGCUCCCUGGCUACCGGGGAGCGGAUUAAAAGCAGAGAGGGUUGUUUCUCCCUCUCGUGCCCCCUCCCCUACCCCACCAUGCUCUCUGGGGUCUUUGCCUUCUUCUUGCUGGCCUCCGCCUGGGCCCAAGAGGACGACAACAAGAUCAUCGGCGGCUAUGACUGCGCCCCCCACUCACAACCCUGGCAGGCGGCUGUGCAGACCACCCUCGGCCAGCUGCGCUGCGGGGGCACUCUGCUGAGUGACCGCUGGGUCCUCACCGCCGCCCACUGCGCCUAUCCGUUUUUGCGCGUGACCCUGGGAGAGCAUAACCUUCAGUGGAGGGAGCCAACGGAGCAGCGGCGUCGGGUGGUCCGUCAGAUCCCCCACCCCCGCUACAACCCCCGCACUCAGGACAACGACCUCAUGUUACUGCGGCUGGACAGGCCCGUCCAGCUGACCCGGGCCGUGCAGCCCCUGGGCCUCACCUCGGACUGCGCCGUGCCCGGGACCCCCUGCCGCGUGUCCGGCUGGGGCACCGUCUCCUCGCCCCUAGUCCGCUACCCUGACAUCCUCCAAUGCGUCAACAUCCAAAUCGUGUCGGAUGGGGCUUGCCAAGAGGCCUACCCCGGGGGCAUCACGCCCAGUAUGGUGUGUGCGGGCGACUGGCAGGGUGGCAAAGACUCUUGCCAGGGUGAUUCGGGAGGUCCCCUGGUGUGCGGGGGCAAACUGCAGGGGCUCGUGUCCUGGGGCCUGCAGCAAUGUGGACUCUCUAACCACCCCGGCGUCUACACCAACCUCUGUAAAUUCACCCGCUGGAUCCAGGACACUAUGAGGGGCAACUGA